GGGAGGAAUCGGGACUGCGCGCGCACCUUCCAGAACGCGCGGCGUGAUGUCAUAACGCUUUGCCGGGGAGCAUUGUGGGUAACAGCCUCUCUCUCCGGUCAAAAUGUCUGACAUGGAAGAUGAUUUCAUGUGCGAUGAUGAAGAGGAUUAUGACUUGGAAUACUCUGAGGACAGCAACUCUGAACCAAACGUUGAUUUGGAGAAUCAGUAUUACAACUCCAAAGCCCUCAAAGAAGAUGAUCCUAAAGCAGCCCUGAGCAGCUUUCAGAAGGUGCUGGAGCUGGAGGGUGAGAAAGGAGAAUGGGGCUUCAAAGCACUGAAACAGAUGAUUAAGAUCAACUUCAAACUGACAAAUUUUCCUGAAAUGAUGAACCGGUACAAACAGCUUUUGACGUAUAUUAGGAGUGCUGUCACCAGAAAUUACUCUGAGAAAUCUAUCAACUCUAUUCUAGAUUAUAUCUCAACCUCCAAACAGUUUUCUUCUCCCUGCUGUACCGAACCCGUACCGAACCGUGACUUCAAAACCGAGAUGGACUUGCUCCAAGAGUUUUAUGAAACCACACUGGAAGCUUUAAAAGAUGCCAAAAAUGACAGACUUUGGUUUAAAACUAACACCAAGUUGGGAAAGUUGUACCUGGAAAGAGAAGAGUUUGGAAAGCUCCAGAAAAUCCUCAGGCAAUUGCACCAGUCGUGUCAGACGGAUGACGGAGAGGAUGACUUGAAGAAGGGCACUCAGCUGUUGGAGAUCUAUGCUUUGGAGAUCCAGAUGUAUACGGCACAGAAAAACAACAAGAAGCUAAAAGCCCUCUAUGAGCAGUCAUUACACAUUAAAUCAGCCAUCCCACACCCACUUAUCAUGGGAGUCAUCAGAGAAUGUGGCGGUAAAAUGCACCUGAGGGAGGGCGAGUUUGAGAAGGCACAUACAGACUUUUUUGAGGCGUUCAAAAACUACGAUGAGUCUGGAAGCCCCAGACGAACCACUUGUCUGAAGUACCUGGUCUUGGCCAACAUGCUGAUGAAGUCUGGAAUCAACCCAUUUGAUUCUCAAGAGGCAAAACCUUACAAAAAUGAUCCAGAAAUCUUAGCAAUGACGAACCUGGUUAGUGCCUACCAGAACAAUGACAUCACAGAAUUUGAGAAAAUCCUAAAGACGAAUCACAGCAACAUAAUGGACGACCCCUUCAUCAGAGAACAUAUUGAGGAAUUGUUACGGAACAUAAGAACGCAAGUGCUCAUCAAAUUGAUUAAGCCUUACACUAGGAUACACAUACCAUUUAUUUCAAAAGAAUUGAAUAUUGAUGUUGCAGAUGUGGAAAGCUUGCUUGUGCAGUGUAUUUUAGACAACACAAUCGACGGUAGAAUUGACCAGGUCAAUCAGCUGUUGGAGCUCGAUCACCAGAAAAGGGGCGGAGCCCGAUACACCGCUCUGGACAAAUGGACCAAUCAGCUGAACUCUCUCAACCAGGCCAUUGUGAGCAAACUGGCUUGACUUGACACUUACGAUCCUGGAAAACAAAUUCACCCAUCAGGCAGCCGGUCGAUUGGAGGCUGUCAGUGACAUUAACUACUUUCAAGCCCUUUACUCCCCCGAUCACAGUUUGACAUGAAGGGGGAGCGCAAUUUGGCUAGUUUGUAUUUUUACAGCUGUAGUCACUUAAGUCCGUUUUAAAUGUCCUUAACAAAGCGGGAUGUCUGCUGUACUGAAUCGUUAGGUCUCUAAUAUGAAUAUGUUUGCAUCGUCUAAACUUUAAUAACACAUAUUGGCACUCGGCAGACAUUUGAAAGGCUCUUAACUGGAGAGCGUGAGGACGUACUGUGUGAAAUUGAAUCAUUUAUCUGUUGAUCUGUCUCUGUUGCUAGAGUCAGCAUGUUUUACUUGGUUUGCAUAAAAUCCAGUUGAUGUGUUUUAUGCAGUUGCACCGCAGCACAUGCGUAUUGACGUGCAGUCAUUGCUCGAAUCCCUCACCAAACAUUACAGAUCUGUCUGAACAUUACUUAAUGCCAUCUGAGCUCUUCUGUUUCACUUUUCAACAACAAAAAUAAAGAAUGCGUUUGUUGCUUCAGCGAA